AUGCCACCGCCGCGGAGCACGGGAGGAGGAGGAGGAGGCGGAGUGUGGUGGUGGCCGCCGCCGCCGCCGCCGCCAGGGUCUCCCUGGGCGCCUCUGGGCUCAGGGAGGGCGAGAGGGACCCUCCCCCCUCGGGGCCUGGCCUCCCUCUCCGCUCCCUUCCCCCUCGGAGUUCCCCUCCCCCUCUCUCCUCCCUCCUCCCCCGCGCCCUGCGCUGCGCUGAGCUGCGCGGCUCUGCUGCGCUCCGCUCCUCUCCCCUUUGGCUCCGAGCCCCGGCUGCCCGCUGCUGCUGCUGCUGCUGCUGCUGCAGCUGCAGCUAGGGCUGGGGUUGCGGCUGCUGCUGCUGCUGUCGCCGCCACCGCUGCCCCCGGAGGGAGGGCACUAGCGGCCCCGCGGCCGCCGCUCCCGCCUUCCCCCGGGGUCUACUCCCCGGGGCCCUAUUGGGCUCUGUGCCAGCGAGCAGCAGCAGCCAGGGACAUGUUCAGCACCGGGGGCCCCGGAGCGUGCAUGCGUGGGUCAGCCCGAGUGUUCGGCCGCUGCUCCUCCCUGAAACCUUCGCUCCUCUUCCGCUCCCCGCGGGGAUGA